AAAUUUAUUUUCUGUGUAUAGUGAGAAAAUUUUUAUUUUUUGUAAUUUUCCGUGAUUUUUCCAUUUUCUGUUUAUCAGUGUGCUUCGUGUCAGUUGCUAUUGUGUGUUGCCGGUUAUAAGAUAUCGAAAAUGAGUGCAAGAAAGUUGUGUUCACUAAUUCAUAAGUCGAAUAAGCAAAUAGUGACUUUAUGUCGAAGAACUUAUUCAGUUAAUAUGUCACAAAAUAAAAUUUACAGUCAUCAUUACAAAAAUAAUAUAAAUCCACUGAGUCAAAAAGUUUAUUAUAGUCAAGCACUUGGAAGCUUAACGAAAGAUCAGGCGCAUGAUUUAGUGUUCAGACUUAAUGAAGAGGAAAGGGCAACGUUACUAGAACAAUUAGAAAAAUUUCAGUUAAAAGAAGAUAAGAGGAAAUUGGAGUCUCAGCUAGCUGGAAACACAUGGCGCUCACGCUUUGGUCGACCCACAAAGAUUGAAACACUCGGCGAAGUUGUGGGUGGUGCAUAUUGUAAAAUGCCUGAAGAUUGGCUUCAAAAGAAAAUCGUCGCUGCUACGCCAAAACCAAAAGCAAAUGAUUUACUCAAAUUAUGUCUCAUAAAUUCACUUCCGUUCGUUGGAUUUGGAUUCUUGGAUAAUUUCACAAUGAUUAUUGCGGGUGAUUAUAUUGAGUAUAGCGUUGGUACAGUCAUGACAAUAUCAACGAUGGCUGCUGCAGCUCUCGGUAACACAAUUAGCGAUGUAUUAGGAAUUGGAUCAGCUGUAUAUGUAGAAAGAAUUGUUGAAGUUAUUGGAAUCAGGCCUCCUGACUUGACGCCUAUACAAAUGGAAAUGAAAUCGGCAAGACGAGCAUCAAAUUUUGGUCGUGUGUUUGGAAUUGUAGUAGGAUGUCUUUUAGGAAUGAUUCCUCUCAUAUUUAUGAAGAACAAAGAGGAGGAGGAUACUAAAGAAGCUCCAAGCGAGGAUGAUAAGAAGAGUAAGGAUGAUUCAAAACCAAAGAAUGAGAACGAGAAAUGAGUAGAGUAAAAAUGACAAGACGAUCGAUAUUUUUUCCCCAUCAAUUUAUCAUUUCAUCCGUUUAUCGUUGUACUGUUAUUUUCAACUUCUUUCAAUCUUCAAUCAUUGCGUGCGUAAAUUCUUUAUGCUUUAUCUUACGGAAAGAAUAAUCUCAUGGGAUUUUUUGUGUGUGUGUACCUACAUAUAUAUUCAGUUUAUAAAUUAUUUUAGCGUACAUACAUAAUUUAAUUCACUAAGAAAAUCAAUUUUGCGUGAAAAGAUAAUAGAAAUUAUUCUUUAAGAACGGAAGUUUAUCAAAAUGCAAUGGAUGUUCCUCAGGAAUUACAAGUUGAGAUUAUUUUUUCAUGUUAUUGUCCCUUUUAUGGCGAUUUUUGUAUUCUUCUGAUCUUUUAUGACUAUAUAAAAGUUCUGAAGAGUGUUGACUUAAAAACUUUUUUUACGACAAGCUUCAAUGCUCUUAGUUUAAUUACAAAAAUUGUAAAUUUUUAACUUAAUGAUUAACAAAUAACAAAGUUUUUAUGUACAAUUUGGGUUAAAAAUGAGACCUUUAUAUACCAUGAUAAUUAAAUACGACCAGAUAUGAUCGAAUGCUUGCUAAAGGAUUUCCGUUUUUGCAAUGUCAUCAAACAUUUUUUUAUCCUCAUCAAAAAUUCCAAUAACAUUU